AUGACACCUACCAACGCUCGCCUUGGUGUGCUUGCAGUACUGCGCAUGACGGCUCCCAGAUCUCUUCAAAGCUUGACACAAUCUGCUGCCAAUGCUGGCUUGGAUGGGAACAGCCUGUCUCCUUGGUACAACUCUCAAUUUGGCACUGAUCCAAUUGACCCUUCGACCGCUACUGGUCCUCAGCUGUCAGUCGUCAAUGGCGCAGCUCAAGCAAGCUUCCUACUUUCACAAGAAACCAACGACGGUUCCGGGUUUCUACCUGCGUUCCAAGUCCGUGCCGUUCAGACGUUCAGGAUUCCACAAGGCUACUUCUACUUCGUGCUGGCAGAUGUUGCGGUCACCAGUCAAGGCGACACAUCCUGUGGCGUGUCCUUCGCGGCAGAGAAUGCGGGUCUUCCGUCGCUUUUCCUCAAUCCAGGAGAGUCGUAUGUCGGUUCAGUGAAUGGUAGUGGCACCAUGGCGUUUUCAGAGUCGACUUAUGUUUCGUUUUCGGCCUCUUGCCAGGGUCAUGCAGAUGCGACUGUCAGGAUCGACAACUUCGUCGACCAUACAGACUCAGACAACAUCAUCGUCGGAGAGCCAAUCCACCUCUUCAACCGCAAGUCCAUCCACGACAACAGCAGAUCAAUCUACCUCGUCAACGACGAUUACUUCGCUGUCGACAUCAAGUCAAUCAACAACGACGGCGACCCAACUCACUACAUCGAACUCAGAAACAUCUUCGUCGUCUUCUGCGUCUACCCAGUCCACCGCAUCUGA